AUGAAACAGGCAAACGGUACAAGGAAUCUUCCUUCUUGGGAAAAGCUACCGGACCUCCUGUCUUCCAACGAACCUUUGCUUAACACUGAUACAGAAAAUAGCUCAAAUGCAGGUACUAUGGCUGUUGUGAUCUUUCUGGUAUUAAUUGCGCUUGUAUCAGUAUUGGGCAACGCUCUUGUUCUCACCGCAAUCUACACGAACUAUAGUCUACGAAAUGUGGGUAACGCUCUUUUCGGAAACCUUGCAGUGUCGGACUUUCUUCAAGGAGGAAUCGCAAUACCUUGUCGUAUUGUUGUUCUUUUGCAACCGAAUUCCUAUUUCAGUAUGUCAAUGUGCCGGGCCUCGAUAGCUCUAUCCAUCCUCUUCGGGGGCAGCUCAAAUCUUAACAUUCUAUUCAUCAGCAUUGAGAGAUUUAUCGGUGUUCGAUGGCCUUUUCUUUAUUACUCUUUUGUUUCAGCAAAAGUAAUUUCCUCAGUCAUCUUGUCGGCGUGGAUUUUGUUAGCCCUUUUUGCGAGUCUACCUUUGUUUGCUUGGGGUGGGCAAACACAUCUUCAAACGGAGUUCUGUUCUUUUACUUUGUUUCUUACUAAGGAUUACAUUGCCGCAGUUUACCUGCUCAUUAACAUCUUGCCAUCAGUUAUCAUAGUAUUUUUGUACAUUUUCAUUCUCAAGGCCAGUUUGCGAAGUAUUCAGAAAAUUCAUAUUCAGGAGCGUAGCGUCCGAUCAUCAGUACGUACAUGUAACCAAGAGGAUAAUGGUGACAUUUGGGAAACUGACGGCACCGCUCCUCAGGUGCGAAAAAACAAAGCCACCGAGGCAGCAAGGCAAAGAAAGUCCGCCAAAACUGUAUCGCUCAUUGUCGGUCUGUUUAUUGUGCUGAUAAUGCCUAUUGUCAUACUUGAUAUUGUGGACAUGUGCGGAGGUCUUAAAGUGUCUCCCCUAGUUGUCAGAAUAACUGUUGGGAUGGCCUAUGCCAACCAUUGUGUGAAUGUUUUCGUGUACGCAGGCUGUAAUGGAGACUACAAGCGGGCAUUUGCAAAGAUUUUAUCAAGAAUCAAAGCAAAAUUUACAGGAGUACGCCAUUAGGCUAUACGGGAACUUGAGAAGACAAAUACAACUGGAGAAGGAACAUUACACAGCGUUGUUUCUG